GAUCAGCACUCUAUGAAACAUUGUAGUAAAAAUGAUAGUAAACUCAUUGUUUUGAAAUAAAUAACCAAACUUGGUAAAUAAUAUACGGAAAUAAAUUUAAAUAGUCAUUUGGUUGACGCUUCACGUUAUUUUGUUUUCCUAAUAUGUACCAAAUAUUAUAUACCUAUUGCAGCUGCACUUAAAUGCUAAUAAAUUUAUAACAUUAUCAAUGACCUUUGAAGUUUGAUCUGUUAUUUUAGAGUUGAUCUUGAUACAAGAUCACGCCCCCUCCACAUUGCAUUCGUCUAUUUAGAUAAACAAGAAACGCAAGUCAGCAUCUCAGCUGUUACGAUUGGUACAUAUAUGUGAACGUGAAGAAGAAAGUCAUCCUUUACGUUUAUUGUAUGUUGUUAACUGAAUAAAAUUAAUAUUCGUACUGUAUCUAGAUGGCUGCUAUUACGAAAGGCAUCUUCAUCGUUGCGGCCAAGCGCACGCCGUUCGGAACGUACGGAGGCAAGUUCGCGAAGACGAGCGCGACGGAGCUGCAGGUCGUGGCAGCAAAGGCAGCGCUCGCCGCCGGCGGGAUCAAGCCCGAAGUGGUCGACUCCGUGGUCAUCGGGAAUGUUCUUGUGGCAUCGUCCUCUGACGGCAUCUUCAUGCCGCGGCAUGUGCAGCUGCGUAGUGGCAUCCCGCUGGACCGGCCGGCCCUCGGCGUGAACCGCCUGUGUGGCUCCGGGUUCCAGUCCAUCGUCAACGGAGCGCAGUUCAUUCUGAGCGGGGACUCCAAGAUCGUCCUGACGGGCGGAACGGACAACAUGAGCCAGGCGCCGUUCGCCGUGCGCAACGUGCGGUUCGGGACGGCGCUGGGGGCGGCGCACGAGUUCGAGGACACCCUGUGGGUCGGCCUGACGGACACGUACUGCAAGCUGCCCAUGGCGCUGACGGCGGAGAAGCUGUCGGAGCAGUUCGGCAUCACCCGGCAGGAGACGGACGGCUUCGCCCUCCGCUCGCAGACCUUGUGGAAGGAAGCGAACGACAAGGGCUACUUCAAGGAGGAGCUGGCCCCGGUGCAGGUCAAGGUGAAGGGCAAGGAGGUGGAGGUCUCCGUGGACGAGCACCCCCGCCCGCAGACCACGCUCGAGGGCCUGCAGAAGCUGCCCACCGUGUUCAAGAAGGACGGCGUGGUCACCGCCGGGUCUGCUUCCGGGAUCUGCGACGGGGCGGGGGCAGUGGUGCUGGCCAGCGAGGACGCCGUGAAGGAGCAGGGGCUCCGGCCGCUGGCCCGGCUCGUGGGGUACUCCGUGGUGGGGGUGGAGCCCAGCAUCAUGGGCAUCGGGCCGUCCCCGGCCAUCAAGAAGCUGCUGGCGCUCAGCGGCCUCAGCCUCUCGAACAUCGACCUGGUCGAGAUAAACGAGGCGUUCGCGGGCCAGACGCUGGCCUGCAGGAAGGACCUGGACCUCGACGCGGACAGGCUGAACGUCCACGGCGGAGCGAUCGCCCUGGGACACCCGCUCGCCGCGUCGGGCGCGCGCAUCACCGCGCACCUCGUGCACGAGCUCAGGAGAAGGAAGGGGAAAUAUGGCAUUGGAUCAGCGUGCAUCGGAGGAGGGCAGGGCAUCGCUCUGCUGUUGGAAAGCAUCCACUGAACCGCGGGCACAACUCGCUCCCGAGACGUCGCCUUUUUUCUUACACCACUUGCCACAAUCAGGGUACAAGCUGCGUUGUCACACACUGCGGUUGCAUGAAGGAGUCAUAAUACACUUGAACUAUUCCAUGUUCGUGACAAUGUCAAAUUAUAAAUCACAUGAUGUUAAAGACUGUCAAUUUUUAAAAAUAUUUUUAUAAUUAUGUAACUGAAUGGUUUUAGAGGAAUAAAAUAUAAUUAUUUUUGAGA